UUCCUCUCUCAAAUAUUUUUUUCAAAGUUAAUAUAACCCAAUUCUGCACUAUUUCAAUUCGGCGAAUUAACCGCGAGUUAGUUUUGAGCCAGAAAUCCAAGCGUCUGUAAGUCCGCCAUAGUCGAGCCUUGGCGAAGAAAGAAAAUCAAAAUGGAAGACACUAAAUACCUCCCGGAGCUGCUUGCGGAGAAGGACAGCUUGGAUUCCUCCUUUACACAUGCCAUGAAACUCAUCACCGCGGAGAUUGAAAGGAUUCAGAAAGGCGAACCCAAGAAAGCACAGGAAAAGGAGACCUACCUGGACCUGUUUGCCACAAAAACUAUGAAACUGAAGGAGCGGGUCCUCAUCCCAUCAAAGCAGUACCCCAGGGUUAACUUCGUUGGAAAGCUUCUGGGGCCUCAGGGCAGCACGAUCAAAAGACUCCAGGAGGAGACUGGAGCAAAGAUCUCAGUUUUGGGAAAAGGGUCAAUGAGGGACAAAAACAAGGAGGAAGAACUCAGGAAGGGUGGUGAGUCUAAAUAUGCUCACCUGGCCAUGGAGCUACAUGUGUUCAUUGAGGUCACAGCACCCAUUCCAGAGGCGUAUCUGCGUAUGGCUCAUGCCAUGGAUGAAGUCAAGAAGUUCCUCAUCCCAGAGCCUGGUGAGCAUGACCCGUACAUGGAUCCUCAGUUCCUGAAUGGAUCUCAGGAUGGUUCUGGAAGAGGGCGAGGGGGUCUUGGAAGGGGGCGAGGGGGACCACCUGGUGCCGGAGGACCAAGGGGCAGAGGUAUGCCACGCGGAGCACUCCGAGGAACAAUGCGUGGAGGAGCACCCCGUGGAGGACCAGCCAGGGGUAGUGCACCCAGAGGGGGCCCAGCCGGUAGGGGGGGUCUGCCCUCUGCUCCUACCAGAGGAGGAUCUGCUACCCGCUCCAGACCACCUACAGGUGGCGCCCCGCGGAUGCUCCCUUCAGCAGCCUUGUCCCACCAAGGGGGUCCUUCAGGAUCACAAUCCAAACCUGACGCUUACGAUGAAUAUGGCUCAUAUGAGGAGGCUUAUGCAGAGCCUUCCUACGAGGGAUACGAUAGCUAUUACAGUCAACAGGCUGCACCUGCGGAUACAGAGUAUUACGAUUACGGACAUGGUGAAGCCCAGGAUCCAUCAUAUGAGGGUUACGGUCAGGGAGACUGGGACAACUCGUGGUCCGGCUCUGGAGCUGGAGGCAAAGCUCCCGCUGCACGGCAGACCAAGGGUUCAUACAGGGAUCAUCCAUAUGGCAGAUACUGAACAGCAACUGGUAGAGAGUUGCUUUAGCAACUGUCUCCGAUAUAACUGGCUAAACUUUACACAAAGUAAUUCCCCCUCUUGUUUGUUCCCUUUUUUUACGGUAUAUUUUAUGUUCUGUUAACUUUUUUUUUUAUAAAACUUAGAACAAGUUAUGUUGGAUGUGUUAGUGCUGGAUAAGAAACACAAUUUAUAUGAAAAGGAAAACAGACUUUUUUCCCCCAAUGUUAAUCCUUUUUCCAUUACAUGUUCCAAUAAGGGUUCAAUCAAUUAACUUUAACAGCUGGACAAAAGUGAUACUGAUAAUUAAUUGCUAUUUCAGUUAAUGGUUUAAGUAACAAACUGUGAUUGUGGCGAUUUAAACUAUUACCAUCUAGGCUGCAUUUCCCAAAAGUCCUUCACCACUGGACAUUAAUUGCUCCUAAUGCUUCAGUUUAAGUUUCUAUUUAUAUAUUUGCCUAAAACAAAUUUAAACACAGCCUUAAGAUAUUUUGAUGAGCGGAAAAAAAAUCUUAAAUUUGUGUUAAAUAUCUAGUUUCUCUUAAAUUGUAGAAAUCCAUAUUUUUGCCAAUUGGUAUGUAAAGUCGCUCUGUAACGUGAAAAACUGAUCUAAUUUUUCUUUAAUCUUGAAGGAUAGACUGCAGCCACAUCAAUAUUUUGUACAUAACCUUAGGAUAACUGUGUUUGCUUCAAGUCGUGCCGUCUCAAAAUGCUCAAUGCUUGUGUACCUUUGACUAAAUAGUAUACUAAACGUAUCCCAAAAUGUUUUUCUGCAGUGCGUGUUUCAAUAAAGUUUCUAGUUUCUUUUUAAUCAA